GUAAAAUUAAUCAUCAAGAACUGAAAGAUUAAAAGAAGAGUGAGAAUGGGGUUAAAUGGAGAUGGCAACAAUAUGGGAAUGGGACGCUACGCUAAUCGGGGAAGCAGGAAGGAGGCCAAAUACCAAGGAACACAGAUUAAUGGCUAUGCAAUGGCUGAAACCUGGGAUGAGUACGGUCAACUUACGGGCCACUGCAUGUCCCAAAGUUCUCAACUUCAUGGUCCUGGGAAAAACCAAGGCCGUGUUUAUGGCUAUGGGAAAAAUGGUAGCGGGAUGGGCCAUGGUUUCGGUAAUCAUGGCAACUAUCAAAUAAUUGAGGCUUACGGCUAUGAAGAGACCAAUGGCACUGUAGAGUAUGUGAACCAUGGGAUGGCCAAUGGCUAUAGGGAGUACGCCAACAAUGGGAUGGCGCGCAGCCACCCCCACCUCCGUGGCAAACACUCCGGACAUGGAAACGGGUUUGUCAGCACCCAAUCUUACGGCGGAGGCCGUGGAUACCAUUCAGACAACGGCCUCUCGGCUAAGGGUUCUAUAUGGAACAAUUGGGGUGAAAACAGCUGCAAUGAUUCUGACAGUGACAACGACGACGAGGUGUGGACUAGCAAAGCACUGUGAUGUGAUGAAUUCUAUAAGUGCAUGAACACGGUGAAUAAGACUGACAGAUUAUAUAAAAUUAAAUAAACUUACCGUGUAAGAAACUAGCGAAUAUGAUAAUUCUUCUUUACGUUUGCGUUUCAUGUAAUACUGUGUUAUGAAUUAAUAAUAAAACCUCUGGCUCUGAAUGAGAGCUGAAUUGGUCUUGA